GGUGGAGGAGGAGGAGGAGGCAGACAAGAAGGUGAAGGUAGAGGAGGAGGUGAAGGCAGAGGAGGUGGAGGAGGAGGAGGCAUUGAAGCUGAAGCUGGUCACACUCACAGGGCCCCACAGAGGAGGCCAGUGUUCACAGGGCAGGGUCAGAAUGCCCAACCUCAGCCAGACCUAUUUAGCCCUAGCCAAACCUAUGAAUACAACCCUGCCCAGUGGAGCUGGCCAAUGGAGCCCUCAGGCCCUGGUCUGAGACACUAUUCCCCUGUGAGAGAACAAUGUGGCUGUGUGGGACAGGGUGGAGGUGACGCUGUUGGGACGGCGACCGGGACACACCCCUUCAACAGCAGCAGACAUGCGUCAGCCUUGUCACUCCUGGCGGACCCAGAGCCGGCAUACAGACAGACUAGCUACAACUACGAUCCAGAGGGGCGCAGGCAGGCUAGUUAUGGAGCGGAAGAGCAGAUCUGGGGUCAGUCAAAACACAGACAGGCCAGCUGCAGUUACAGUACAGAAGACAAACCGAUACGCAGGCAGGCUAGUUAUGGAGUGGAAGAACAGAUCUGGGGUCAGUCAAAACACAGACAGGCCAGCUGCAGCUACAGUUUGAGGCUAGAAAGACAGACUAGCUACGGUCCACAGGAACUACACAGACAGGCUAGCUACAGCUACAGUCCAGAAGACAAGCCAAUACACGGACAGACUAGCUACUGUCCAGAAGAACAGGUCUGGGAUCAGUCGAAACACAGACAGGCUAGUUAUAGUCCAGAAGACAAACCGAUACACGGACAGACUAGCUACGGUCCAGAAGACAAGAUCUGGGAUCAGCCGAAACACAGACAGGCUAGUUAUAGUCCAGAAGACAAACCGAUACACGGACAGACUAGCUACUGUCCAGAAGAACAGGUCUGGGAUCAGCCGAAACACAGACAGGCUAGCUACAGUUACAGUACAGAAAGGCAGGACUGGAGAUUUACUGCUGGUUGUCAACACAAUCAUUUGGACAGGUGUGUACCACUGGAACAAGGACAUUUACACUCCCACAUGCCAAAUGGAUGCUGUGGCAUUGGUGGUCCAAGUCCCAGGUCUGUGUCCUCUCAGGGCAGGGGAGAUAGAGCUAACCACCAGGAGAGGACUACUAGAUUAAAGGCUGGAGGAGUUGGAGGUGAGCAAGGAGAAGACGGCUGUAAUGGACAACAUGUCCCUGCUGGCUCUAGCUCUGAGGGUUUGGUCAGGAAGAAGCAGGGUUUGGUCUGGAAGAACCAGGGUUUGCUCCGGAAGAAGGAGGGUUCAGUCAGGGAGAAGGAGGGUUCGGUCCUGGAGAACCAGAAUUUGAUCCGGGAGAAUGAAUGUGCGGUCCAUGAGAACCGCGGUUCAACCCAGGAGAACCAGGGUUCGAUCUGGGAGAAGGAGGAUUCAGUCCAGGGGAAGAAGGGUUCGGUCCAGGAGAAGGAGGUUUCAGUCAGGGAGAAGAAGGGUUCUGUCCUGGAGAACCAGGGUUCGAUCCAGGAGAAGGAGGUUUCAGUCCAGGCGAAGAAGGGUUCGGUCCUGGAGAACCAGGGUUCGAUCCGGGAGAAGGAGGUUUCAGUCCGGACGAAGGAGGGUUCUGUCUGUGAGCAGAUCAGACAGGUGGUGUCAGACCUGGAGGGGGUCCUGGGUGGUCUCAAACAAGUCCACGUGGAGAUGAAGGAGGUGGUCCAACAGAUAGAUCGUCUGACAGCUAACAUUGACCUGGAAGAGGAAGAGGGAUCAUGUAACAAGUCCCCUAGUCGUGGUGACGGUCACCUCAACCCCAGAGACUGUAAAGGUGGUGACAGUCACCCCAACCCCAGAGAUUGUAAAGGUGGUGACAGUCACCCCAACCCCAGAGACUGUAAAGGUGGUCACAGUCACCCCAACCCCAGAGACUGUAAAGGUGGUGACAGUCACCCCAACCCCAGAGACUGUAAAGGUGGUGACAGUCACCCCAACCCCAGAGACUGUAAAGGUGGUGACGGUCAACUCAACCCCAGAGACUAUAAAGGUGGUGACGGUCACCCCAACCUCAGAGACUGUAAAGGUGGUGACAGUCACCCCAACUCCAGAGACUGUAAAGGAGUCCUGAUGUUCAACCAGGGAGACCAGAGACCACACUACAGAGACAUGGACCGUAUCGUCAACCAGAAGACUACUAGGGUCCAGGUACACACCAACUGGACUGGUACAGGGGACCUGGUCCACAACCAUAAGACUCCUGGGAACCAUGGACCACAGUGCAACGACAUGGAUCAUACUGUCACCAUACAUGACCCUCCUCCCGACCCCAGAGACGUCCCUGGGGUCCUGGUGUACAGACAGAAGACGAAUGGAGAUCAGGGAGUCUCCCUACUGUACAGACAACCUGACCAUACUGUCACCAUACAUGACCCUCCUCCCGACCCCAGAGACGUCCCUGGGGUCCUGGUGUACAGACAGAAGACUAAUGGAGAUCAGGGAGUCUCCCUACUGUACAGACAACCUGACCAUACUGUCACCAUAGGAACUAACUCCAUGUCUCCUGUCCUCACCGCAUCUGUCAUCAAGACCAACCGGGUUGGGGUCACAGCCCUGAGCCCCAUGGGCCCUCUGAGCACCUCCAAAGACCCCAAACAGGACAGACGGGGGCUCAACGGACACCCUCCUCUACCCGGUCCAGGUAGAGAACUGAACCAUGUGGCCCCCCAGACCCCCCCAGAGCUAGAAAUGACCCCCUCCCUACCCCUGCCCCUAUGGACUCAACUGUCUGACCAUAAAGCCAUGGUCGGAUACAGUGUCCCCACUCUUAGGAUCCAGAAAUCUCCACUGUACCCCCGCCACAACGGACGGGUGGAGAGGCUCAGUAAGAGUCCGGCUCAACCAACCUACCCUGCCCACCCAGCACUGCCGGUCCUGCCCCACCUGGCCCAGCCAUCCUACCCUACCCACCCUACCCACCCAACCCUCCCUGCCCUGCCUCCCAGUGACUUGAAGACACCUCCCUACAGCAUGGUAUGAGGGGACAGCCUCACUGCCAUGGGAGCCUGGAACAUAUAAUACAAGGACAGAACUACACUGAUAAGUAGUCUGAGAAGGAAAGCUUGCGGAGCCCUGACAUGGUGAAGAGAUGUCAGUCAGUGGUGGACACAGUCAGUGGUGGACACGGUCAGUGGUGGACACGGUCAGAGCUCGCCCUGAAGAGGGGGCUAUUUCCAAGGGAAAACGCUCCAGACAAACAGGAGGGGAAUUCCACAUGAAAGCCAGCGAUGCACAGGCCUUGAGACGCACAGUAUGAAGCAAGCACUUCGACAUACAUGAACAUGUAUGUGUGGUGUCUGGGGGGGUUGGCAAAAACUCAAGACAUCAAAAACUGACUGUGUCACAUUUCUUACCUUUGUGUAUGAAAUAAAGAUAGCAGUGACCUAAUAAUUGGUAUUAAUAUUGAUUUGAAAUGUUUUAUGUUCUGUUCUGGCCCCCGUUGCGUGUUUCCACUCUCCUUAGCUGUCUUUAUUCCAUGGUAUUCUGUGUCUAAACGGCCUUUUCUGCACCUGAAAUGACAAGUUAUUCCCUAAAUAGGUCCCUAUGGGUCCUGAUCAACAGUAGUGGACUAAAUAAGGAAUAGGGUGUCCUUUAAAACCCUGUCUUUAUGAUAUGGAUCAAACUACUGCAUGUUGGAAUCGUCUGCAGGUAGGCCUGCUACUCUCUCUGUCUCUCUGUUUAUUAAAAAUCGUGUCUGAGAGUUUCACCAUUUCUCUCCCAGAGCCCCUACAGAUAGGAUGAGACACCCCUCUGUCUAUGGCUGCGUUUACACAGGCAGCACAAUUCUGUUACUUUUUCCACUAAUUGUUAUUUUUGACCAAUCACAUCAGAUCUUUUCACAUCAAAUAUAUUUUUCUGAGUUGAUCUGAUUGGUCAAAACACCAAUUUGUGAAGAAAAAAAAAAGAUACGAAUUGGGCUGCCUGUGUAAACGCAGCUCUGUUUCCUCACCACAGAACAGCUCUGUUUCUCCUCUUUCCUCUGUUGACCUCAAGCCCAGUUUCCUCCCCUCACUCUCGUCUCCUCCACCCUUACUGCAGAACAGCUCUCUUUCUCCUCCUCAAGCCCGGUUUCCUCCCCUCACUCUCGUCUCCUCCACCCUCACUGCAGAACAGCUCUCUUUCUCCUCCUCAAGCCCGGUUUCCUCCCAUCUCCUCCACCCUCACUGCAGAACAGCCCUCUUUCUCCUCCUCAAUCCCGGUUGACUGAUAACCAAUGUACUGAGUCUGUACCACUACAAACUGUUAGAGAGACUUUAUCACAGUGUUACGUAAUUCCGGACGGAUUCUUGCUUGCUUGAACACCAAUAAUUCAGAUACACAUGAAAACAUGAAAUGAGCCAGGGAAUCGGUAGAACAUCACUCAGAGAUGCACAAAAAACAGUAUAACAUUCAAAAUGGGGUGAACCUUUCCUUUUAGCAAAAUCUGAAUAAAAUGUUUGAAAUCUUCCAAU